UGCUGUGUGGUUUUAUCAUAUACAGGAUAUUGGAUAAGCUUACUAUCGCUAGCGACAUCGAUUCUCAUAUCAAUGAUAACAACUGGAGUGCAGACGUGCAGUCAUUGGAUCAUCAUCAAUUUGUUGUUUUGUUGAUGUUAGAGUUAAUUUAGGAUGUUACCAUUGUCUUAUGGUAUUGUCAGUCCUGUCGUCCCUGUCAAUUGGAAUUGAUUCUUAAGUACUUAAUCAAGCGUUUAAAAUGUCACCCGGCUUUUUUCCGGCCGUUUUCCUAUGUUGUUUUUUAUGUUUCACCGCCGGUGAAAAUGAUGUUUUCUACACGGGAACGACUACUGGCAUUUGGAAGUACAUAUCAAAAAUCAACGAAUGCCAGUCAGCCAGAAAAGUCUGCUCUCCGGCCGAAGUGAAAACAGACAUUGAAAUAGCAGACUGUAUACUUUCCUAUGAUAUUUCCAAUGAUCCAAAAGACGUUAGUGUUGAUUUGAAAUUGAUUGAUGAUUGUCGAAUGAAAGUUGGCGAAUAUAUUUCUAAUUUGAGAUACGGAGAGGUGCUGAAACUCUUUGAACCCGUUUGCCAUGAUGAAUUGAGAAUGAUUUCAUGUGUGAGCCCAUUCAACGAAAUAUUAACAGCAGCGCAGUACUUCAAAUGUUUCAUGGAUAAUUUAACUAGUAUUAAAAAUGUAAAUUGUACCAGUAUUGUAAACCGUCUGAGCGUUCUUCCAUUCUUUCAACCUAUGGCGAUGAAGCCAUAUUUUGAAGAUUGUGUGAGUGAUAAGAUAAAAUUCAACUGCAACUCUCAUGCAGGAUCAGAAGUUCUUUUAUGUCUGCAAAAUCAUAUACUAGAAUUAAACCAAAAAUGUCAGGUGCAAAUUUUAAGAUUGUCUGAGAUUCAAGGCGAAAAUAUAAAAUACGACCGCCGACUUUUUGAGGCCUGCAAAGAUGAGAGGCAGCAUUUUUGUAAAACCUUUUUAAAAAUUGCGCCAGGAAAAAUGUAUGAAUGUCUCCUUAAGCAUAGAAAUGAAAUGGACAUGUCUUCACAGUGCCGGAAUGAACUUCUUCGCCAUGAACAAUUAAUCGCACAAGAUUACCUGGUGAGCAAAGGGUUGGUGAAAGCUUGCAGGGAAGACAUAAGAAAUAACCAUUGUAGGAAGUCAGUGUCUGAUGAUAAAAAUAUACGACUUGCACAGAUAUUACUCUGCCUCGAAAAUGCAACCCAUUAUGAUUCAAAUUUGGUUAAAAGUAAAUGUAAAGAAGAAAUGCUCGCUCACCGAAGGAUGUUACUGGAAGAUUACAGACUUUCGCCUGAAUUGGUCAACCAGUGUUCAAGGGUCAUAAGUAAAUAUUGUUCUCCAACUGAAUUUGGUGGGAAGACCAUUCACUGUCUCAUGGAUCAAGCAAAAGUCAGAAGAAAAAAUAAAAUUUCACCGAAUUGCUUAGCCGAGAUUGAAAUCUUAAUAAAAGAAACUGAUGUCGGUGAAGAUUGGAAAGCUGACCCGAUAAUUUGGAAAUCUUGCCAAAGUGUUGCUAGUGUCGCCUGCAACAGCUUUAUUCGUGAUGAUGCCAGGACCAUGAAUUGCUUAAUAGAUAAGCUUGGGACUUCUUUGAUGACUGAAGAGUGUGAACUAUCUCUUCGGCAAGUCCAGUACUUUUUAGCAAGAGAUUACAAGCUAGAUCCAAUGCUUUUUAAAGCGUGCAAUGAACAAGCUUCAGAGCUUUGUGGUGCAAAUCCAAUCUGGGCUCACAACUCAAAUAGGAACAGAAAUUUUGUUUUGCCUUGUUUGUUUGUUAAUUCUGAUAAAUUGACUCCAAUGUGCAGUAAUGAGGUGAGGCGAGUGAUGCGCCAGAGAGCCCUUAAUGUUGACCUUCACCCAAACGUCGAAUUAGCAUGUAUUGACGAUUUGGCGAAAUUCUGCAGUGAAAAAAGUGCCAAAGGAGAAGAGAUCCUUUGUUUACAAGAUAACCUAGAGAAACUUAAGCCAGAAUGUACUGUGUCGAUUUACAACUUUACUGAGCUACAGUCACAAUUUAUUGAGCUGAAUCCUAUUAUUACUACAAACUGCCAAGAUGUAGCUAAUGAAAUUUGCCAGGACAAAGGGCAAGAACUUUUGGAAUGUCUCAUAGAGAAAAAGAAUGAUCCUCUAAUGAAACUACACUUGAAGUGUAGGGCUGCUGUUGAACAUCAGCAAUUAAUAAGUCUCAAAGAUUAUCAUUUCACCUAUAAAUUUAAAAAAGCCUGUAAAUUUCAUGUGAAUAGGUUCUGUCCAGGACCAAAAGAUAAAGCAGAGGUUGUGAAGUGCCUCAGUGAAAAAAUCAGAAAUGAUACAUUAAUGGGAAGCAAACAGCAUAUAUCUAAAGAAUGCCAUCAACAGUUAAGAUCUCAAUUAUUACAACAAAGAGAAAAUGUAGACCUCAACCCUAAGCUAAAAGCUGAUUGUAAUAAUGAUAUUAAAACUAUUUGUGGCCAAGUUACACAUGGCAAUGCUAAAGUUUUGGAAUGCCUGAUGGCGAAAAAGGUUCAUUUGAGUGAAUCUUGUAAAAGAAGAAUAUUUUUGAUCGAAAGGCAAGAGCUUACAGAUAGCUAUUCUGAUUACACACUGAUACACACGUGUAAAACAAUGUUAGAUAAAUUCUGUCGCAAUUUAACCAGCUCUGAUCAACCCCUCAAUUGCCUAAAAAAAUAUAAAUUUUUUGAAGAAUUUGAUUACAACUGUAGGGCAAUAGUUGUACAGAGGAUGAUAGAACAAUCUACAGACUACAGAUUUGAUCUUGAUCUACAAACUAGUUGUAGAAAAGACAUCACUGAAUACUGUACUAGCGCCUUGACGCAUCAUACAGAUCGGGACACUACAAAAACGAUGGUUAUGAAAUGUCUUAAGACACAGUUUCGAAUGGGUCGUUUGUCGAAACAAUGUGAAGCACAGGUUGUAAAUUCUUUAAGGGAAGCUGCACUUAAUUAUAAGUUAAAUCCACUUCUUUCAACAGUGUGUUAUUCAGAGAUUCAAACACUGUGUCAGAAUGAAAAUGAUAAUUCAAAGAUAGACAGAGGCGAGGUUGAAGAAUGCCUAAAACAAGCUUUGUACAAUGGGCAGAUUUCUGAUUUUGUCUGUAAACAAGAAAUUAUUGAGCUCCUCAACGAGGGAAAAGCUGAUAUUCAGACGGAUCCACUUUUAUACAAAGCUUGUUUAAAGGAUUUACAAACACACUGCCAAUCAGUUGAAAAGGGCGCAGGCAGGCAAUUAGAAUGUUUAAUUCACAUUUUACAUGGGGAAGACCUCAAUCAGAAGUUACACUGGUCUUGUGAGAAAAUGUUGAAGGAAAGAGUUGAAAUGUACAAGAUCAAGCUCCCAAGAAGAAUGGAGAAUCUAGGUGAACUGUAUGGUCAAGUGUCAACUUCUCCGUCGCGGAAAUAUUUUAUGGUCAUUGCUCUGACCUUUAUUGGCAUGACGUUUAUUAGUGGAAUGUUCUGUGGGCGUAUAUUAAGGAGGUCAAGAGCUGUGAAGAACAAAUAGAUAUAAACUCGAAAGACUGGAGGUUUUUUCUUUUUGCAACGAUGACCAUCUAAGUGAGAAAUGUGUAUGCUGUCAAUUAAGAAAACUGUGCAUAGUUGUUUUUGUUUCUUGUGAUGUUUAUCGAACUAACUAGAAA